UGUGCCAUGUGAUUUGAUUCUUGUGGAUUUCGUCAACAUGAAGCUCGUUAACCUCAAUCCGGCUCGUUGCUGCCUGGCCGCCUGGGUGCGGUUGCGCGCCUCGCCCUCGGAGGCUUUCGAUCACUUCUGGGACUUCACUCGCCGCUAUUUCUUCGCUCUCACCUUGAUGGCCAUGUUUGGUGCUAAGCUCCUGCAUCUUUACGCUCAUAUCCAUUCGUUACCUCCGUCCAAAUUCCUCCUGUGGGGAGUCACCUUCUUUUGCCAAGAUGUGGUCCUCGUGCUGCUGGUGCGCAUCUUGACCCAGAAACUGCCGUGGCGGUCGGUCGCCGCCAUCUCCGCGGUGAUCGUUGUUCCGUUCAGUCUAAUCAUGUCGGGAAUGACCGCCGCCAAUACCUCAUUCUAUGUCUUCACCGGAGCCGAAAUCCACUGGAGACAAGCCACCACCUUCCACCACGAUGCUGCCGCCAUGCGCACCCUCCUGACCGGUCUGACCGGCUUCUUGAUCGUCGAGGGUAUUAUGCUCACUGUCGCCUGGUUUGUCGCCGCUCCGUUGCAUCGCGCCGUGGGGGGGAUUCUGAAUAUCUUGGCACAACCCUUCAAAUGCUGUGCGGGCUGUGUGCGCGGGUUCAUCCCCAAGAUGACUCCACUGUCCGACCCGGAGCGUUACGACCAUCUCUCCGAGGACGACUAUCUGGACGACAAGAGUGACGACGGAUCGUCCAUUCACCUGCUGGAGCCCUACGGAGCUGUCGCCCCACCCAGGCCGCGGGGCCACUCGCUGGCACGUCGCUUGGCCGUCUGGAUCCCUUUGGUCGGCCUCUUCCUGUUGCGCGUGGUCCGUCCGUGGGAUCCGGCAUACAUGUUCCUCUCCGAAGCGCUGCCCGUCGCUCCCUUCUUGGGACACCACCGGGUGUCUCCGGUUCGAGCAGAAGGGCUGCCGGGAGAUUAUGGCUGGUUGGAAGGACAGACGGCGUUGGAGCGGCCUCCACAAUGGUCGUGGCUGCCGAAGGAGCCCCUCCCCGGCUUUGGUGACUGGAAUCAAUCCGACAAGAUCCACCCACCCCCACGGCACUACGAUCCCAACCGAGACCCUCUCCACAUCUCCAACCUUCGGAGCCCACUUCUCGAUCCCUUGCAUGACGCUCUUUCUGGCGGUAAUGUCAACAUCAAACACGUCAUCUUGCUCAAGCUCGAAAGUACUCGUGGCGACGUCUUUCCCCUGAAGAACGGCGCCUUCAUGUGGGACCGCAUUGCGGAGACCUACCCCGACAAGAAGAUUCCUAAGGACGUCCAGAAGCGGAUUGCCAACCUUACUAGGACCGCGGAGUGGCUGACUGGCUUCGAUGCCGGGUACAAGCACGACAUGGUCAAGGACUACGGACGUCGGUCGUACGGUGGCAUCAGUGCCAGCAAUGCCUUCACCACGGGGACCUACACUCUGAAGAGUCUGGUUGGUACCCUGUGUGGUGUGACUCCCCUGGUGGCGGACUUCAACCGCGAGUACGAACAUCAUAUCUACCAGCCGUGCAUGCCGCAUGUGCUGACCGCCUUGAACCAACUGCCGGAUGUGCGCGAGAACAACACCAUCCCCGCUUCCAAUGACUACCGCACCUGGCCUUGGCACUCCGUCUGGAUGCAGUCCGUCACGGAAACCUACGAUAACCAGGACAAACUGACUCCGAAAUUGGGAUACUAUGAUGUCAUCACCAAGGAGACGCUGGAGAACCCCAAAGCGAAGCACUACCCCGUCAAGGAAAAGGAGGUCAACUACUACGGCUACCCAGAUAAGGUUCUCGGCGACUACGUCCGGGACGCCAUCGACGCUGCGGAGAAGAACCACACCCGUCUAUUCCUGACCCACCUAACCGGCACCACGCAUCACCACUGGGGCAUGCCCAACGACACUUAUGAGUCGAUCGUGGGCUCGACCAGCUCAGGAUCCAACAAUGAUCUCAACCGCUACCUCAAUACCAUCGGAUACAUCGACGAGUGGUUGGAGGAGAUUAUCGGCAUCUUGAACGAGAAGAAGAUCAUCAACGAGACCUUGAUCGUGAUGGCUGGUGAUCAUGGCCUCUCCCUUCCCAACGACGGCGGUGUCACUCCUUACGACAACCCCCAUGUCGGCAGCUUCCACGUCCCGCUGCUUUUCGCUCACCCCCACCUCCCCCAAGUCGAAGUCACUACCCCCGUAAUCUCGCAACAAAUCAUCCCCACCAUUCUCGACCUCCUCAUCCAGUCCCACUCCCUCGGCCCUGACAGUGGCCACGCCGCGCAGGAUCUCCUGUCAAUGUACGAGGGCCAGUCGAUGAUCCGCCCGCAGAUUCCCGAAAAGGACGGCCGGCAGAACUGGCAGUUCACGGUCAUGAACACCGGCGGAUCAUGGCUGGCCGUGCGCUCUGCCGCCCGCCCGGCAUACCGGCUGGUCAUCCCGCUCGUCGACGACGUUGAGUGGCGCUUCACCGAUCUCUCGCAGGACCCGAUCGAGCUGCACCCCGUCAAGAACUUCAACCUGGUCGACUUGGCCAAGACAUUGGAGGCGGAAUACAGUCCCGACGUGGUCGGCUGGGUGCGGGAUGCGGCCCAUGUCGCCGAGUGGUGGGUCACGGAGAACUGGAUGCGGUAUAAUUAUAGACGCCCGGGCAAGGGGAAGGACAAGAAAAAGGAUUAGAUGGGGGGUUGUGUGCUGACUGGUUCACGGUUGUCCAGCAGCACUCUGUGGUGGUUGUCAUUUGAUGAUGCACCCUUGUACAGACGAUUUAAUUUUCGCCUUCUUGUAUAUAUUGCUUGACAUACUUUUUUUGUUGCUAGCAUUAUGAUUUGACGCGUUUUUUUUUCCGGACAAUGGUCGGUCGGCAUAGCAUGCGAAUG